AUUUUACGCAUUAUUUUUCCAUUGAUGUGUGCUAGAAUGUGUGUAUGACAGGGACAGGCAUCGUGAAUCCAGGGCUGGGCAUAUGGCUAUAGCUCCUAAAGAAAUCAGGGCUCACCUCACCGUGCACGGGUCUGGAACUUGAACGAAGGGGAGCGAGGAGCGAGUCUGUGAGUGGGGGCUGUGUGCGUCAUGUGCUGCAGCGCCUGGCUGCAACACACACAUUUGCUACACACAGGUUUCGGGACAGAGAUUUUCUCAGGCAUUCAGCGCUGAAUUGAUCGGCUCUAGUCGCUUAGUAGCCUUUAGUCCAAAAUACUGGCUGAUCUGGACGGAGACAAUUUCGUCUUCUGAUCUCUCUUUUUUUUCUUUUUCUUUUUUUAAACAUUUCUAGUCAUUUCUACUAUUUCUAAAGAGAAAGGGGUGCUAUUUCCUCCCUCUCCAUCCAUCUAUUCUUCCAUCUUUCCCUCCCAUAAGGGCCGCUGGACGGAUAGCCAAGGAGGCAGUGGAGCGCACUUGUUCACGAAGGAGAGAAAGAGGACGGGCAGGACACUGUUUUUUCCAGCGGGCAGAGGCACUCUGCGGGGCGGGGUUGGUGUUCGACUUUCACGGCUUCUGCAUUGCGCUCGACCCGCUUGUGGAGAUCACGAUGACUGGUGGCGAGACACCGGAGCGGUGGCGGAUGCUCCCCACUCCGCUAUGGUGAUGUUGCCCGCGUCCAAAUGUCCCCUCCUCGGAUGAGACCACGUAUGAAUGGACGGCUGUGCAGGUGAUGGAGAGAAUAUGAUCAUUGUGUCGAGGGGGACAUCAUUUAAUUGUUAAGAUAAAUACGAUUCAGCGCUAAUAUUAGCCUACAUUACAUUACAAACCACGACGGAUUUCAAUUAAAGAUGAUUUUUGAAUGCAAAUAAGAAAAAUCAUCAAAUGUCAAAUUUAUCCUUUUCGUGUAUAAGGAUGGCAGUUCAUCUUUGCGCGCGUGUAAAGCGAGUGUGAGGUGGCGGGAGACAAAUUAGCCAGUGUACCAAACAUUGCGGAUGUUACAAAAUAAAUUAAUAAUUUUAGAUUUUAGCUAUUUUUUCCAACAUUUUUUGGUGUCUGAAACGUACCAUGGCAACCACGACCAACAUGCCCAGUUGAGGGUAAAAACUUGGUGGAUUUAUUUUCUUAUUUUUUUAUUUUGAUAAUCUGAUUUAUUUUAAUAUUGUGCUGUGGUCAUGAUGACAAUACAACAUUUUAUCUUCAAGCGAAGCACAAGAAGCUUCUGACGAGCCUAUCGCACCGUGGAAAUGGUUCGGGAGAAGACGAUGGAGCAGCCAUGGAGAACAUGAAACAUUUAUACUAACUCAUCUUGGAAUGUCCUCAAUCCGAUAUCCCCAAUACUCCCAAAGAGCCUUGCUCUUCUUUUUUGGACAUCUAAAAACGAACUGAAGAGGAAUUGUGAAGCCUGCUGCACUGAUAGUCGUGCAACAAGCCAAGCUAUCCAGCCCAGCCCACGUUGCAUUUUUUUACCCCCGCACUUGACAUUAGCACUAACGCACGGACAGAGACCAAAGUCUACAUGGCGUCUUCAUCUUGUAAAGACCGCACCAUAUAGGCUACCGCCCCGCAACUCUCCGCCUAUGCAGGUGGAAGAAGCUGAAUAAAACAGUUGUGUGUAUGAGCAGUCCGCAGGCAGAUGGGAUGUAAUGUUGUGUGGUCGUGCUGAGCAUUCGCCUCCUUCUCAGCUACAGCUGCUUUGUAAAGAUUUGGUGUCCAGAGAAUGGCGCGGUUCGAAAACGAGAUGCCGUCCAGGUAUGGCGGCGGCCAUGGACCAGGGCAUGGGCAUGGACCUGGAGGACCUGGCCGCGGCGGCAGCCGGCAGGGCGGCCCUGGAGGCCCCGGGGGCCAGCGGGUCUACAAGCAGUCCAUGGCGCAGAGAGCCCGGACCAUGGCCCUGUACAACCCCAUCCCGGUGCGUCAGAACUGCUUCACCGUCAACCGCUCGCUGUUCAUCUUCAGUGAGGACAACUUUGUGAGAAAAUACGCCAAAAAGAUUACAGAAUGGCCUCCGUUUGAGUGGUUGAUCCUGGCCACCAUCUGUGCCAACUGUAUCGUCCUGGCUCUGGAGCAACAUCUGCCUGAUGGAGACAAGACUCCUCUGUCUGAACGCCUGGAUGACACUGAGCCCUACUUCAUAGGGAUCUUCUGUUUUGAGUCAGGUAUUAAGAUCCUGGCUCUAGGAUUUGCCUUCCAUAAGAACUCCUACAUAAGGAACGGAUGGAAUGCCAUGGACUUCGUAGUAGUAUGCACAGGGAUCCUGUCUACAGUGGGAUCGGACUUCGAUUUGCGGACUCUGAGAGCGGUCCGUGUGCUGAGACCCCUCAAACUGGUGUCUGGGAUACCCAGCCUCCAGGUGGUCCUCAAGUCCAUCAUGAAGGCUAUGAUCCCACUGCUGCAGAUCGGCCUGUUGCUAUUCUUCGCCAUCCUCAUGUUCGCUAUCAUCGGCCUGGAGUUCUACAUGGGCAAAUUCCAUACUACCUGCUUCGACAUUCACACAGAUGAGAUUCGCGAGGAGUUUCCGUGUGGGACCGAAGCCCCGUCGAGACUAUGUCCAAACGGGACCACGUGUCGAAAGUAUUGGCUGGGGCCUAACUACGGCAUCACCCAGUUUGACAACAUCCUGUUUGCCGUGCUCACAGUCUUCCAAUGUAUUACCAUGGAGGGAUGGACUGACCUGCUCUACUAUAGCAACGAUGCCUCAGGGAGUGCGUGGAACUGGAUGUACUUCAUUCCCCUCAUCAUCAUCGGCUCUUUCUUCAUGUUGAACCUGGUCCUGGGUGUACUGUCUGGGGAGUUUGCCAAAGAGAGAGAGCGAGUGGAGAACAGGAGUGAGUUUCUGAAGCUGAGGAGACAGCAGCAGAUAGAGAGAGAGCUCAAUGGAUACCUGGAGUGGAUUUGUAAAGCAGAAGAAGUGAUCUUAGCAGACGAUGAAGACCCUGAUGCCUUUGACGGCACCCGCAGGAGACCCACCAUCAAAAACCACAAGAACAAAACAGAUCUCCUUAACCCAGAGGAUGGGAAUGGAGACCUGGCAGUGGGUUCUCCCUUUGCGCGGGCCAGUCUGAAGAGUUCAAAGCUGGAGGGCUCUAACUUCCAUAAGAGGGAGCGUCGUCUGCGUUUCUUCAUCCGACGCAUUGUGAAGACCCAGUAUUUCUACUGGAGUGUACUGUGUCUGGUGGGACUUAACACCAUGUGUGUGGCUGUAGUACACUACGACCAGCCUGAACCACUCUCAGACUUCCUCUACUUUGCAGAGUUCGUCUUCUUGAGUAUCUUCAUGUCUGAGAUGGGUAUAAAGAUUUAUGGACUGGGGUCACAGCCUUACUUUCACUCCUCCUUUAACUGCUUUGACUGCAUUGUAAUAUGUGGCAGCAUAUUCGAGGUGCUGUGGGGUUUUAUCCAGCCUGGGACAUCCUUUGGUAUCAGUGUGUUACGAGCUCUAAGGUUACUGAGAAUCUUCAAAGUCACCAAGUACUGGGCGUCUUUGAGGAACCUGGUUGUAUCUCUGCUCAACUCCAUGAAAUCCAUUAUAAGCCUGCUCUUCCUCCUCUUCCUCUUUAUCGUCGUCUUCGCUCUGUUGGGCAUGCAACUCUUCGGAGGACAGUUUAAUUUUGAAUCUGGCACUCCCCCGACCAACUUUGAUACUUUCCCUGCAGCAAUAAUGACUGUGUUCCAGAUCCUGACCGGAGAAGACUGGAACAUGGUUAUGUAUGAUGGAAUAGAGUCUCAGGGAGGAGUCAACAACGGAAUGGUCUUCUCAGUCUUCUUCAUCGUGCUCACACUUUUCGGCAACUACACUCUGCUGAAUGUGUUCUUGGCCAUUGCUGUGGAUAAUCUGGCCAAUGCACAGGAACUCACUAAGGACGAGCAGGAAGAGGAAGCCGCUUCCAAGAAAAAUGCUUUGCAAAAAGCCAAGGAGGUGGCCGAAGUCAGCCCUCAGUCUGCAGCCAACCUGUCCAUAGUGGCCGAGAAAGUAAACAGCACAGGUCACAACGCUUCCGACCCCUUUCUGGACUGUAAGGAGCAGCAGAAGAACAAUAAGGGUGGUAAUAAGUCUGUGUGGGAACAGAGGACCAAGGAGCUGAGGAAACAGACUCUAAUGACCAGCAGAGAGGCCCUCUACAACGAACUGGACCCAGAGGACCGCUGGAAGGUGAACUACUCCCGCCACAUCCGUCCUGACAUGAAGACCCAUACAGACCGCCCUCUAGUGGUGGACCCCCAGGAGAACCGCAACAACAACACCAACAAGACCACCAAAGAGCCUGACCCCCGCCUCAGCCAGCAGCACGCCGACAAGCUGCUCCGCAAGCAGACACACGUCCACGAGAGAGGAGGUGGGGGAGGAGGAGGUGGGGGCUCAGGGUCUGGUUCAGGCCCUGGAAGGCCCUACGAGCGGGCAGACUCUACGGAGAGCCGCAGGAGCCGUAAGGAGAGCAAGGAGCACCAGGAGCUCCAACACCACCACUCCUCCCAUACCCGCCUAGAUGCAACGAUGCUGGGACAGAGUGGAGAGGAGAGGCCCCAGAGAAGGCACCACCACCCACGGGUCCAGGCGGGCUCAUCGGAGCACAGAAAACCCCGCCAGCACCGCAUGCCCCCAGAGGACGUAGAGGGGGGAGGUGGAGGUGGUGGAGGAGGGGGAGGUGGGGAAAGGCGGCACAAGAGCAGGGGGACAGAAGGAGAAGGCGAGGGGGAGCAAGAGGGGGGUGAUGGAGGUGAGAGGAGGCAGAGACGGCAUCGCCAUGGCACUCAGUCGGGGUGUGAUGGUGAGGGGAGGAGGACGCGGCCACACCGCAGGAAGGAUGGUCCCAACCUGUCCACCACACGGCCCAUCCAGAAGAGCCUCUGUAGACAGGACAGCCAGUACAGCGAGGACAUGGACAAUGUCAUGAACAGUAAACUGGCCACCAGCCAGCCCCAGCUACCCCCAGGCUCUACCCAGCAGCCCUGCCCAGCCUCGGGCCUCCCCAGCCCAGCCAACCACAUUACUCCAGGCCCAGGCUUCGGCCCUGCAGGCCUCAACACUCACCUGACCAACAGCAGCUCCCACCUGGGCCCAGAUGGAAGCCUGGUUCCUGCAUACGGAAGUAGCACCCGGAUACCGGACCACACAGCAGUUGACAUACCACCCAUGUUUCCUUCCCACAACGCCAUAUUGCAGGUCAAUAAGAAUGCUAACACGGAGCCUCUGCCUAAGAAGGAGGAUAAGGAUGAUGAUGAUGAUGAGAAGGGUGAUGAAGAUGGACCCAAACCAAUGCCUCCCUAUAGCUCCAUGUUCAUCCUCUCUACCACCAACCCGUUCCGGAAACUAUGCCACUACAUUGUGACUCUGAAAUUCUUUGAGUUUGGUAUCCUGUCUACCAUCGCUAUGAGCAGUAUCGCCCUGGCAGCAGAAGAUCCCGUCUGGCCAGAAUCACCUCGCAACAAUGUUCUGCGCUACUUUGACUAUGUGUUUACGGGAGUGUUCACCUUUGAGAUGUUGAUUAAGAUGGUGGAUCUGGGCCUGGUGUUGCACCAGGGCUCCUAUUUCCGUGACCUGUGGAACAUCCUGGACUUUAUAGUGGUUAGUGGUGCUCUGGUGGCCUUCGCCUUCACGAGCAGUAGCGGGGGGAGCAGUAAGGGGAAAGACAUCAGCACAAUCAAGUCUCUGAGGGUUCUGAGAGUGUUGCGACCUCUGAAGACUAUCAAGCGUCUUCCAAAGCUCAAGGCUGUGUUUGACUGUGUGGUCAACUCCCUGAAGAACGUCCUGAACAUCCUCAUCGUCUACAUGCUCUUCAUGUUUAUAUUUGCUGUGGUGGCCGUGCAGCUGUUCAAAGGAAGAUUCUUCUUCUGCACUGACGAGUCUAAAGAGUUUGAGCGCGACUGCAGGGGCGAAUAUCUAGUCUAUGAGCGGAAUAAUGAAGUGAAGGCGCAGAAGCGGGAGUGGAAGAAGUACGAUUUCCACUACGACAACGUGCUUUGGGCCCUGCUCACCCUCUUCACCGUGUCUACUGGAGAGGGGUGGCCGCAGGUGCUGAAACAUUCAGUGGAUGCGACCUAUGAGAAUCAGGGCCCGAGCCCGGGGUACCGGAUGGAGAUGUCCAUCUUUUACGUGGUGUACUUCGUGGUCUUCCCCUUCUUCUUCGUCAAUAUCUUCGUAGCUCUCAUCAUCAUCACUUUCCAGGAGCAAGGAGACAAGAUGAUGGAGGAUUACAGUUUAGAGAAAAACGAGAGAGGCUGCAUAGACUUCGCCAUUAAUGCCAAACCGUUGACGCGACACAUGCCUAAGAACAAGCAAAGCUUCCAGUAUCGUAUGUGGGAGUUUGUGGUGUCGCCGCCAUUCGAGUAUACGAUCAUGGCUAUGAUCGCGCUCAAUACUAUCGUACUGAUGAUGAAGUAUGACGGAGCCUCUCCGGCCUACGAGGCUGUGCUGGCCAACCUGAACAUCGUGUUCACCUCGCUGUUCUCCAUGGAGUGUGUGCUCAAGAUCAUCGCCUUUGGAGUGCUGAAUUACUUCAAAGAUGCCUGGAACAUUUUUGACUGUGUGACAGUCCUGGGCAGCAUUACAGAUAUUUUAGUGACUGAGCUCGGGAUGAAUAACUUCAUCAACUUGAGUUUCCUGAGACUGUUCAGGGCUGCCAGGCUCAUCAAACUGCUCCGGCAGGGAGAGACCAUCCGCAUCCUGCUCUGGACCUUUGUUCAAUCCUUCAAGGCGCUGCCGUACGUGUGCCUGCUUAUUGGCAUGCUGUUCUUCAUCUAUGCCAUCAUCGGGAUGCAGCUGUUUGGGAACAUUGGGAUGGAGGAGGAGGAGGGGAGCGCCAUCAACGAACACAACAACUUCAGGACUUUCUUCCAAGCUCUCAUGCUGCUCUUCAGGAGUGCCACGGGCGAGGCAUGGCAUGACAUCAUGCUGUCGUGUCUUGGAGGGAAGCUCUGUGAUCCUCUGGCAGGGAACACUGAACCAGAGUGUGGCAGCCAGUUUGCCUACCUCUACUUUGUGUCCUUCAUCUUCUUCUGCUCCUUCCUGAUGCUGAAUCUGUUCGUGGCUGUCAUCAUGGACAACUUUGAGUACCUGACCAGAGACUCCUCCAUCCUCGGCCCACAUCAUCUAGACGAGUAUGUCAGGAUAUGGGCUGAAUAUGACCAAGCAGCUUGUGGCAGGAUCAGUUGCAGGGAUAUGUAUGACAUGCUCAGGCAUAUGAGCCCUCCGCUAGGCCUGGGGAACAGGUGCCCGGCACGGGUGGCCUACAAGAGGCUGCUGCGGAUGGACCUCCCGGUCGCCGACGACAACUCAGUCCACUUCAACUCCACCCUGAUGGCCCUGAUCCGCACGGCGCUGGACAUCAAGAUCGCCAAGGGUACGGAAGGAGGUGUGGACAAACACCAGAUGGAUGCAGAGCUGAGGAAAGAGAUGAUGGCGAUUUGGCCCAAUCUCUCCCAGAAGACCCUGGACCUCUUAGUCACACCACAUAAGUCAGCAACAGACCUGACGGUGGGGAAGAUCUACGCUGCCAUGAUGAUUAUGGAGUACUACAGGCAGAGCAAGGCCAAGCGCUCUCAGGCGCGGCUAGAGGCGGAGCAGCCGGCGGCCAUGUUGUAUCUCACACAGAGUCGAACGACAUUACUGUUUCAGCGCGUGGAGCUGCCCUCCCCCAUCCAGGACGGGCCUCUCAGCCUCCCUCCUACCCAACCGGCAGACCCCGUCAACAGCCUACCGGUGGAGGGGGGGGUUCCAGAGAGCCAGUCGUGGGUGACAGUGCGGGCUCAGGAGAUGUCCCAGAGAGUAGGCAGUUGGAGUCCUGAGGGACAGCACUCUGAGGAUGGCCUUGACAGCAGGCAUAACUCGCAGACGGUAGAGAUGAGAGAGAUGGGGCGUGAUGGUUACUCGGAUACCGAGCACUUUCUGCCAAUGGAAGGCCACGGAAGGGCCGCUUCCAUGCCACGCCUUCCAGGCGACAACCAAGAUGUUUGCCAGACAGACUUACAGACUAUAACAGAUAAUAGUCCUAUGAAGCGCUCGGCCUCCUCCCUUGGUCACAGUCGAUCUGGGAGGGGCCAGAGGGAAAGGGGAGGGGCCGAUGAUUAUGCAAUGGAGUAUGUCAUCCCCGAGGAGGGCGGAGCACCGAGGCACAGCCACCGACGCCGCGACCGAAGCCACCGGGCCUCUGAGCGGUCACUGUGUCGAUAUACAGACGCAGAUACAGCAGGACUGGGCACAGACUUGAGCACCACCACUCAGUCAGGUGAGCUGCCACCCAAAGAGAAGGACCGUGACCGCGACAGAGACCGCGGUCGGCAGAAAGACCGCAAACACCACCACCAUCACCACCACCAUCACAGCGGCUCUGUGGACAAGGAGCGCUACACACCAGACCGCGCCGACCGGGGGGGAGAGCACGGUGGUCACAGACAGCCCCGAGGAGACAGAGACCACGACCGGGAUAGAGAGCACGACCGUCGCUGGUCACGGUCACCCAGCGAGGGCAGAGAGUGCAUGACUCACAGACAGGGCAGUAGUUCGGUGAGCGAAAGUCCCGCUCCCUCUACCUCGGGGACCAGUACCCCGAGACGAGGCCGUCGGCAACUCCCUCAGACCCCGGCAACGCCCCGCCCACACGUCACCUACUCUCCUGUCGUCCGUAAAGCCAUGGCCACACCUCCCGGAGCCCAGCCCCUGGGGCGCAAUCCCGCCCCCGCCCCUCGCCGCUUUUCCCCUGAGCCCCCCCAGGGACCUCCCCCGCCCCACCAUGGCUCACCCAACCAAGCCUGCCACCCCCCUCCCCGCUGGGGGGAUGGGGGAGGAGGAGGAGGAGGAGGAGGAGAGAGUGGGUCGCUGGAGGGCGACGGCUGCUUCUACAACCAGGACUACCAGGAUUACGACCGUGAGCACCACAAACCGCCUCCCUAUGAGCAGAGCCCCACACAGGGCAACCCUCACAAGCCUCACCCCCUCAACCACCCUACUCUCCCCCUGCAAAACCAUCCCCCAACCCCACAGCAGCAGCACCCUAUCAACCCGCACCCAAACAACCCACACCCCAACAACCCCCACUCCCGCACCUCGCCCAGGACUUCCCGCCACGCGCCCCCACCCAACACCACCCCCACCCCCCAAGGGCAGCAGCCUCCUCCCCCUCGACGCCUCCCCAACGGGUACCGCGCCUCCUCCCCCUCCUCGCAACACCACCACGGCCCCACCCACCCCGGGCCCCACAAGGUCCCCCCUCCCCAGCCUAGAGGGCCCCGCACGAAAGGCCUGCACGAACCCUACAACAACACGGAUAACAACAGGUGCUAGCCUCUGUGGGACUAUGGAGGGAUGGAUGGAGGGAGGGCUCAACCACACUGUCUGAGUUAUUAGUCCCUUCCUCCCAGCCCAGGAAAACACACAGCCAGAGCACUGACCGCCAUGAGACAGGGGAAACCAAGGCAUGAUUCUUUCUUUCCUUCUUUCCGUUUGUUUUUCGUUUCUUCUGCUGCUUAGUGUUUCCCGGGGAUGGAGGGAGUGAGGAAGGGGUAGUUAGAAUAGAGGGAUGAGGAGGAGGACCACUGAAGGAUGAGUGGAAAUUAGUGAACAGGGUAUGGAGUACAAACCAAUUCCUCCUCCAAAAACUAUGGAACCCAGCUCAUCGGAUGCAAGGAGAUAAAAACUCAAAAUGUAGUUUUUCAAAAUGGAUGAUAGGGGGGACGGAUGCUUUUCUCAGCGUAUCAUGAUGCUACGCCUCUGGAAACAAUAUUAAAAACCGCCACAACGACCAAGACGUCAUCACGUAAUCAACGCAAAAAACUAUGACAUUGCAGAGAACUAAGUGGAGUUGCGUUAGUUGCAAAAACCAACCACUGACCCCGAUGUUGGGGAGAUAUUGAUGAGUUUUAUCAUCUGUGUUUACUGUUAAUAAUGACAUCAGUGAUGAUGAGCCUUCCACCUGAGUGUGGUGGGGGGAGUGGGGGAAACAGGUGGUGGGGGGGACACCGGGACACACAUGUAGGAGGAAUCUAUCCAUUCCAACCCCCCAACCCCCAAAAAAGAUUCCGCCCCAACUGAGUAGAGAAGAAACAUAAAAAAAAGUGGAUGGUGAACAAAAAAAAGAAACUUAAAAACAAACAUUUUCUUCAGUAUUUCUUCUUCUACUCCUGCGGCUGCUACUUUUUCCUCUUCCUCUUCCUCUUCUUCUUCUUCGAAACAUUGAAGCUUGAUUCUUCCGUUGCAUCCGCUCAGCUUCGUUGGAACUUGCAGAGUUUUAAAACCUGGGGAAUCCUGCAUGAUUGAUACAAAAAAAAAAAUGAUAACAAAGAGAAACUACUGUAAUGUGGGGGAAACUAUUCCUUGGUCCUUUCUAUAUUAGUCUGUGGGGUUCUCUCUUUUUCCUGUAAUCCCUUUGUUUCUCUCUCUUCUCCCUGAGGCGUCCCUCUCUCUCUCUCUUCCUGUGCUGGAGGUAUAAUCAGGAUGGUUAGGAUGGAUGGAGAGAUGGGGCGAUGAGGAAGAGAAGAACAAGGUCCAAGCCUUUUUUAUGCCUAGGGACAGGAUGAUCUAUUUCCCACUUUGUUCUUAUUCAAAUGCUCUGUGCCAAAUUAUAACUGUUGAUGUGGCUGAGAUUGCACAAUCAUUUUCAAGGAAGUAGAUAUUUUGUUAUAAGGCCUACUUUUAUUUCAUGGAAGGAAAGAAGGCAGGAAAGUAUGAAAACGCAGACCCCAGAUAUUAUAGGUUCAUAUUAAAAGGGAGUUAAAACUGGGGGAGGAAGUUACAAGCACGCUCCAUGGUCCUUAUUGGCUCUUCAUCUGCUGACGCAUAGCCUCGUUCAAACCAGAGAAAUGUCUCUAGUCUUCCAGGGUUUGUGUUUGAAAGAGCGAUGAAAAGAGAGAGAGAGAAAGAAAGGCCGAUGAAAGGAGGGAACCUCUUCAUCUUUCGUUUAUUUGUUAUUAAUAGUGAUAAUGGUUCUAUAGAUACUGAUAACAAUACUAUUGAUGAUUAUGAUAAUGACAAUGAUGAUAAUAAUAACGAUGAUGAUAAUGGUGAUGAUGAUGAUGACGAUGUUCAUGCUUGUGAGAGAGAGUUAUUUUUGUUUUGUAUUUGUUUGUUACUUUUGAGUCGGUUGUGCUCAGCGUGUCACCAUCUUUGUUUAGUGAGACGUUCUGUCUGGUUGGUGGUCCACUGGUCCGGCUGGUGGGCGGAGCUUUGUCAGAGAGGUGCAUUGUGGGAACAGGAGUAAUCAUAGUAAUGACUCUGAUACAGUGUUAUACAGUGGGGAAGGGGAAAGGAACUUAAGAAAGAACUUUAAAAAAAGAACAAUGUCAAAAGUCAUACAGGAAAUCAUGUAUCUGACAUGUAUACUUGUUCAUCGGACAGUUGUUUACAUAUAUUAAUCAUUUGGGUAAAUAUAGGGCUGCUAAAUGGUCGCUCUUGCUUAGGUAACGGGGUCUACACACUAAAGUAGACCAGAUAAAGCAGUAAUGAGACAGAGCUCCACUACCAGUUUGGCCCUCUAGGUGGCACUGUAUGCAAUACAUAGCAUCCCUGUCCUAUUGUAUCAUUGUAUCACCCCUUCUAUUUUGACUGUCUGAUUCCAAUGCUUUCGUAUCUGUCUUUAAACUGGGAGCAUAAGGUUUAAGUGUUGUCUGUCACUGGUGGAUCACCUCCUUUGUGUUCAGGACAUGUAACACAGCCAAUCACAAAUGCACAGGACAUGUAUCACAGCCAAUGAAAAUGCAUGGGAGAAACAAUGACUGGGUCUUUUCUGCCAAACCUCUGUGUCCUGUGUCACCCUAUUCUCUUUUUGUGUGUCUUUGUGUGCCUCAAACUAACAUCCAUCCUAAUACCCACCACUGUCCCGUACAGUGUCUCUCUCACAGUUGCCGGACGUUGAGGAUUGCCAUAGUGAAGCAUUAAUUUAUUAGAAUUCUGUCAUUAUUAUUCUUAUUAUUACACCCCAUGUCAAAACCAUUAGCGUCAGGCAACAGUGUUUGUUCACAGCUGCCAUAGAUAUAGCGCAGUUAGAUCUGCACAUAUCUGGAUUCUGAUGUACUGUAACGACAUAUCCCAUGAUUCUAUGUACCACACUUUGACCAGAAAGUGCACAGGCACAUUGCCUUUACAGUAUUCAUCUAACGUAGGAAUGUCAUAGAUGUGUAUAAGUCACAUCACAACACUGAUAAGAUAGGAAUACACAGAUACACUCUCAGUAUGUAGCUCCUGGCUGUAGCAAGUAUGCGUGUACGUGCGUAUGGCGUGUGUGCGUUUCCGUGUGUGUCUGUGUAUGAAUGAGUUCUUUUAUAGCAAGAAUGUGUGUGUACAUUCAAUGUCUGUGUGUACAUCAAUAGCUAGCUGUUUUCGUUGGAUAUUUCAUUUCAUUUGUUUAUUUGCUUUGAAUAUUUUGUGAAAGCACAGUGAUGACAUUUGAGUUGGUGAGCCUUUGUUUGUGUGUGUGAGUUAGCCUGUGUUUGUGAGCGAGUGUCAGAACGUUUGUGUGGCUGUGUGCAAGAUGAAAUAAGAUGUCAAUCACCCUCCAAUUGAAACUAUGAGAGGCCCUAACAUUCACUGUCAAUCAUUGUGUCCGAUACUGACCAACCAUCCACUAACAACAUAUUCUAAAUAACCCCACCGUUACUUCAAAAAGCAAUGUAUGAGCUGCUAUGGAAAACAUAGAAAUAAAAGCAUUUUAAGUACCAAAAAAAUACAAAAAAAGGGAAAAUAUCUACUUCCAGAACUGCAUGUGCUAUGUGCAUGCCACACCGUGGGUGAACAGUCAUUUUCAGGAAUCAAAAAAAUAAGAAUAUGAAUUCAGAUUAAAAAAUAUAUGAAUAUAGAUAGAUGUUUUUACUAAGCAACAUGUUUUCUUUUUUCCUUCUAUUUUUGAGAACAAAAAAGGUUUAAAAAAUCUAUAUAAAAAAAAAACGUCAAAAGAGCGACAUGAUGACUUUGGUGAGAAUCAAAGUUGGUUUGUUUAUUUAUGUUGCCAGCUGUUAACUGUAAACAUGGAGGUGAGACACUACACAACCAUGUUCAGGACACUACAAAAAAAGAGAACUCCUGUUUUAAAGAAGAGAAUCAAAUAAAAAGAGAUGGGGAUAUCCCUGCCUACUUUUGGGUGGGGCCAGGAGCCAGGAGCCAGCCAAAUCUGAUGAUGUAACCCUUAAAACUCUGUCUGUGGGAUCUUUUAUCUCUCACUCACUCCCUCUCUAUUUCUCUCUCACUCUUAUCUCUCACACUCUCAACCUAUCUCACCGCUAUUUCUACCAGUGCAUUUUGUAAUUCCAGACAGAAUUCUUCCUAAUGAAUAAAAACCAGAGAGAAUGCA